GAGGAUCCAGAGCUUAAUUCGCGAGCCGGUCGGUUGAAGGCAUUGGUGUUUCUGCUGGGCGGGUGUGCCUACCCACCAAAUAACUAAUGUGAGAGAAAGAGAGGAAUCGGGGAGGGGGGGUAUAUAACCUCAAACCGCGCUGCUCUUUUCUGUUUCUUGCCCCAUCGCUGCCUUUGCGCUUCACGCUCGCUUUCUUCUACUUCUACUUCUUCUUCUCCCCGGCCUUUCUACCGACUCCCUCUUUCUUCUUUGGUGCCGGUCGCCGUGAGCCGUAUUUUUGAGGCACCAUGAAGCUCCUUUCUGGUGUCCUUGGGGCUGCGCCUCUGCUUUCUACUCUCUUUACUUCUUCCGCCUACGCCCAAACCGGCGCAAAGUACACCGACGAGGAAUCGGGCAUUGAAUUCUGGCAAUACACAAUCCCCGAUGCCACGUCCAAGGGCGGCUUCCAGCUCGGCAUGGCCCUCCCGCCCGAGGGCUCCGACUCGACCGACGAGUACAUCGGCCACAUGGUCGGCGCGCUCCAGGACGGCGCCGGUUGGUCCGGCAUCAGCCACGGUGGCGGCAUGACCUCCAGGCUGCUGCUGAUCGCCUGGGCCGACGGCGACAAGGUCCGCACCUCGUUCCGCUACGCCACGGGCUACACGACGCCCAAGAUCUACACGGGCAACGCCACGCUCACCGAGAUCUCGUCGUCGGUCAACGAGACGCACUUCGAGCUGACGUACCGCUGCCAAUGGUGUUGGUACUGGGACCAGGACGGCACCACGGGCUCCGCGCCCCCGACGGGCACCACCGAGGUCAUGGGCUGGGUCCAGGCCAUGGACUCGCCCGAACCCCCCACCGACUCCGCCGGUACCAUUGGUCAGCACGACAACGGUAUGGGCCAGUUCGGUUUCCAGGUCGCCAGCGCCCGCAACCCUUCUUACACCAGCUGGGCUUCCAAGGCCACGCCCACGACCACGCCGGGCGCCGGCAACGGCACCACGCCCAGCCAGACGACUACCUGCGCUGGUGGCCCCGUCCCUACCGGCACCUCGUACGACUACAUCAUUGUCGGCGCUGGUGCUGGUGGUGUCCCUCUCGCUGACAAGCUGUCCGAGACCGGAAAGAGCGUGCUGCUCAUCGAGCGUGGUCCCCCCUCUUCCGGAAGAUGGAUCGGCGACAAAGACCCCUACUCCAACUGGCGCCCCGAGUGGCUCGAGGGCACCAACCUGACCCGCUUCGACGUGCCCGGUCUCUACAACCAGGUCUGGAAGGACUCUGCCAACAUUGCUUGCGACGACUUGGACGUCAUGGCCGGCUGCCUUCUCGGCGGCGGUACUUCCGUCAACGCCGCCCUCUGGUGGAGGGCCCCUGCCAUCGACUGGGACUACAACUUCCCCGAGGGCUGGAAGUCCACUGAUAUGCAGUCCGCCGUCGACCGCGUCUUCACGCGCAUCCCCGGUACCGACCACCCCUCGAUGGACGGCAAGCUCUACUACCAAGAAGGCUUCAACGUCAUCUCGUCUGCGAUGGCUGCCGGUGGCUGGAAGAGCGUCGAGGCCAACGAUAACCCCGAUGCGAAGAGCAAGACCUUUGCGCACACUCCGUACAUGUACCAGAACGGAGAGCGUGACGGCCCUCUGGCCACCUACCUCGUCACUGCCAGCAAGCGCGACAACUUCAAGCUGUGGACCAACACUGGCGUGCGCCGUGUCGUCCGUGAGGGUGGCCACAUUACCGGUGUCGAGGUUGAGUCGAGCGUUGCCGACGGCUACUGCGGUACUGUCAACGUUACUGCUACCACUGGUCGCGUUAUCCUGUCCGCCGGUGCUAUGGGUACGCCCAAGAUCCUGUUCCGCUCUGGUAUUGGCCCUGAGGACCAGCUCAAGGUCGUCAACGGCAGCUCCAAGGACGGUGCCACCAUGAUCAACGAGGCUCAGUGGAUCAACCUGCCCGUCGGCCAGAACCUGAACGACCACACCAACACCGACGUCGUCAUCAAGCACAAGAACGUCACCUACUACGACUACGACGCCGUCUGGAAGAACCCCGUCAAGGCUGACACCGAGUCCUACCUGAACAACCGCACCGGUAUCCUCGCGCAGGCCAGCCCUAACAUCGGCCCUAUGAUGUGGGACACCAUCGAGGGAUCCGAUGGCAUCACGCGCCAGCUCCAGUACACCGCCCGUGUCGAGAGCUCUCUUGGUGUCGACGACCACCAGGCCAUGACCAUCUCGCAGUACCUCGGUCGCGGUAGCACCUCGCGCGGUGUGUUGAGCAUCACGUCCGGGCUGACCAUGUCCGUCUCGACGGCACCCUACCUCCGGACCGACGAGGACAAGGCGGCCGUGAUCCAGGGCAUCAAGAACCUGAAGGAGGCGCUGUCCAAGGACCCGAGCAUCAUCAUGCUGAAGCCGGGCAACGGCACGAGCGUCGAGGACUUUGUCAACGACUACACGAUGUCGGUGUCGUCGCGCACGGCCAACCACUGGACCGGCACCACCAAGAUGGGCACCGACUCGGGGCUGAACGGCGGCACGGCCGUCAUCGACACGGACACGCGCGUCUACGGCACCGACAACCUGUACGUCGUCGACGCGUCCGUCUUCCCCGGCAUGAUGUCGACGAACCCGAGCGCGCUGAUCGUUUCCGUCGCCGAGCACGCGAGCGAGAAGAUCCUCGCGCAGGAGGACCUCAAGCCCGUCGCCAAGUACGGCCAGUGCUCCGGCAACAACUACAAGGGCUCGCGCGUGUGUGCCGAGGGCCUGAAGUGCACGCAGACGGACUCCAACAACCGCUUCUACGCGCAGUGCUUGUAAGCAGGGCGCGGGUGAGUGGUGUAGGCGGAAGUGGCUUUUUGUUUCGUGUAAAUUCUUCUUUUUUCUGGCUUCGGGGCGGCAGUACAUACUGCGUAUACUGCAUGGUC